CGCGCCAUCAUCGGCCAGAAGAUAAUCUUCAAAUAUCAAUUCAUCUUCAUACGGAAAGCUCAUAAGAGAGCCUCUUUUUCUACGCGACUAUGGCGGACCAACUCUUGGAACAAGUACGAGAUGCAGUAGAUGGUCAAAUUGAUUUCGAAGGCCAAAAACUAGCUGAGAUCUUAGCCACAGUCGCCCUCGUAAUUGUCGGGGGAGUUUCCUUCCUCGUCGGCUUCUUUCUACAAGACAUUGCUCUUGCGCUCAAAAUUGGCCUCGGCGGCACAGCCCUUACCUUCCUCCUCGUCGUUCCUCCGUGGCCUUUCUUCAACAAGCACCCAGUUAAAUGGCUUCCUGUCGGAGGCGAACCAGCGAUUACAAGCGCGCAACAGAACAUAGUUAUCGACGAGAAAAUGUUUACGAAAUAAAUGGCAGGGUUUAUUCGCACCUAGGCGGUAUAUCUAUGGACUUCUGGAAUGCAGACAGAGGCUAAGGUUAAGAGUGGGAUGUGAUGCGAAUAAUACUCAAUUCUGCAAUACUACCACCAUAAGUGUGGCCCAAGUAUGUGACGUGAA